AUGGCAAACUCAGCAGAAGACGAAGACCGCAGCCUGGAAAGCCAAGAACAGGAGCCUACCAAAAAGCCAGGACCUGUCCGUUUCGCCGUGAUAAUCUCCUCCCUAAUAGUAGGUAACUUCCUCUAUGCCCUCGACAACACUAUCGUCGCCGACAUCCAGCCCCACAUUGUCCAGCAAUUCAAGUCCAUCGACCAACUCAGUUGGAUUCCAAACGCAUAUGUCCUGACUGGAACGGCAUUUGUACUACUCUGGUCGAAGCUCUACACGCUCGUAAGCCAGAAAUGGCUUUUCGUCUUGACUGUGCUUUGCUUUGAGCUAGGCUCUGCCCUGUGCGGUGCUGCAACUAGCAUGGACAUGUUGAUCAUUGGGAGGGCAAUUGCUGGAGCAGGUGGAACGGGUAUCUAUUUCGGUGUGAUGGCCCUAAUUACCUCCAUGACCUCCUUGAAUGAAAGGCCCAUGUAUUUCGCCUUGACAGGGUGGUCAUGGGGUGCAGGAACCGUCCUCGGCCCCAUCAUCGGCGGUGGCUUCGCCGCGAGUUCUGCAACUUGGAGAUGGGCCUUUUACAUCAACCUGGUCAUUGGCGCGGUGGUGAUGCCAGCUUACAUCUUUCUCAUUCAAGACCCCGAAAUACCACACCGCAGACCUUAUCUGACACUCUUUUGGAGCAUCGACUGGCUAGGUUGGGCUCUCCAGAGCGGCGCCCUAACAACAUUUCUCAUGGGAAUUACGCUUGGAGGUGUGUCGUACCCUUGGGAUCACGGCAGGGUCAUCACUCUCUUUGCGCUAGCUUUUAUGUUCUCCUGUUCAUUCUGCAUUGUGCAAUGGCUCUCCCUAUGCACCUCGCCCAACAACCGCAUUUUUCCAGUCGCGUACCUGAGAUCCGCUAGGCAGGUCAUCUUGUUCCUGCUUACUGCCUGCGCCUCGGCCGGCGUCUUCAUUCCCAUCUACUACCUGCCCCUAUUCUUCCAGCUGACACGGGGUGACAGCGCCAUCAUGGCUGGCGUGCGACUCCUGCCACUAGUUAUACUCCUGGUAGCAAGUUGUCUACUUAGCGGCUACACGCUCUCGAAGUUCCCUCGUAUCCCAGCGUCCAUAUAUUACCUAACAGGGGCAGCCCUGGUUCUUAUAGGCGGCACCCUUCUCACUACAGUUAAUAAUCCCAGCGGCACGACUAGGAUCUACAUCUACUCUAUUCUCAUCGGCUUCGGCACCGGCCUUUACCAGCAGCUCUCCUUCUCCGUCUCACAACGCCUUGCCGGCGCGGCACCCGACACCCAGGCACAGAGCGUCGGUUUCAUUAUGCUAGCGCAGGAGAUGGGCGCCCUAGUCGCACUGGGGAUCAGCUACAUGGUGUUACUAAACAGGUCCCUUCGGGGUCUGGGGGCUGCGUUGCCUCGCUUAGGGCUGGAGGACAUCAAGGCUAUUAUCUCGGGAGACGGAUUGGCGGGUCUGUCCCGGGGAGAUCGCGAACUCGCUAUCGCGGUUAUUAUCGAUGUCAUAGGGAGCAUAUAUAAUCUCAUUAUUGCCGCUGGUGGGGUGGGUCUAUUGUCAGCAUUGUCACAUUGGUGGCUUAAUUCUCGUCGCUCUCAGUAA